CAUUUUCCUGUAAUCUCUCAAACACGUCCAGGCAUUUGGAGUGAAUACUCUUAAAAAUAAUUGUGAACUAUCUAUACACAAUGAAGUGCUUACUUGCAUUGUUCGCUAUAGCGGUAAUAGUAUUGCAAUGCGAAGGCAAAAAAUUUACGAGAUGUGAACUGGUUCAUCAAUUACGAGACCACGGUUUUCCAGAGGGCAAAUUACGUGAUUGGGUUUGCCUUGUAGAGAACGAAAGCUCUCGUACAACUAGCAAGAUUGGUAAAGUGAAUAAGAAUGGUUCGAGGGACUAUGGACUGUUCCAGAUCAACGACAAAUACUGGUGCAGCAACACCAGCACGCCUGGAAAGGAUUGCAACGUAACUUGCUCGGAUCUUCUGGUAGACGACAUAACGAAAGCCGCUACUUGUGCCAAGAAAAUUUUCAAACGUCACGGUUUCAACGCUUGGUACGGCUGGAAGAACCAUUGCCAAGGCAGUUUGCCUGACAUUAGCUCCUGCUAGAUGUCAU